GUGCGAGCACAGUCACUAUGUGUAAUGUUGCUGCGUCUUGUGGGGAGUUGUGAAUGACAGAAGGGACAUUAAAGUGUUUGUGGUGGGAAAAUCACAUCAUGCCGGAUCUAGUCACUCAUCAGUUCCAGCACCAGUGACCUCAUUCUCGAUGGGAUAUUGAAGACCCUUGGGAGAAGAAGCUUGUUUUGCGAUGCAGCGGUUUGUGUGUGCUAGUGUCUUCAGGCAGACUGCUGUCCUGCUACAGAUCUGUCCUCCGUCCUGUAGCCGGACCGCACAGAGACUGGACCCCCCGACCCAGCAGUGCUGGAAAUACCCACGAUGGCUCAGCAGCUCCAGUGCGCUCUGCUCUCCGGCUUCUCAGAAGAACACCAGCAGUGAUCAUCUGGUAAACUCAGCUCCAGUGCAGGAGGAUCCAGACCCUCUGCAGGACAAAUCCAGCGGCCUCAUUCAGAGAUUCAAGAAAACCUUUAAGCAGUAUGGCAAAGUCAUGAUCCCCGUGCACCUGUUGACGUCUACAGUGUGGUUCGGUACAUUUUAUUAUGCUGCAAUGAAAGGAGUGAAUUUGGUACCAUUUCUUGAGUAUGUUGGGUUUCCUGACAAGCUUGUGAAACUCCUGGAGAACUCUCAGAGUGGCUAUGCACUGACGGCAUAUGCCAUGUACAAGAUCACCACACCUGCGAGGUACACUGCGACUCUAGGAGGAACGUCACUGUCCGUGAAGUACCUGAGGAAGCACGGCUACAUGUCCACUCCUCCGCCCGUGAAGGAAUACCUCCAGGAGAAGAUGGAGGAGACCAAAGAGAGGAUCUCUGGGAAAAUGGAAGAGACCAAGGAUCGUUUAUCCGAGAGAAUGGAGGAAACGAAAGACAAGUUCACUGAAAAACUUCAAGAAACCAAAGACAAAGUGUCUUUCCGAAAGAAAAAGGAAUAGGUUUAUAUACAUUUACGAAAGGUCAUGAAGUGACUUUAUCUUCCCAUAAUGCCACGAAGAUUCACGUUAUUUAACAAUAAUACACUUUAAGGAAAGCAACCUGUCUUUAGUAUUUUUAAAAUAUAAUGUAGGUUGUAUGCUCUACACUCACUGUUCACGUAAUAGCCUAAACUAUAACAAAAAAUGUGGUAUUAUAAUUCAUAAAUUGACCAUAGAUUUUAAAUAUAAAAUAUUACAGCACAAAAGUCUACUGAAAGGCAUUGGACUUAACUUGAAAUACCUUUUAACAGAUGAGAGUGUGUUUUCUAAAGAGAACAGCAGGUGUAAUGUGCCCAAUAUUAUAUAUUUAUUCCUUUGUUCCCUUACAAAUAGCACUGCCUCUUUCAAUUCUCGCAUAUGUUAAAUAAUGUUUAAAUUAUGGAUUGAAAAGAGUACUGACGUGUCACACAAGUUACUGAGAAUGAAAUGGUCAUGUUGUAAAAUCUUGAAAAUUGAUUGUAACUUUAGUUAUUAUGCAAAGUAGUGUUUGUCAGAAAGUUGUAAAUGUACAUUAAGAUGUAACACAACUUGUACCGUUGCUUAUAAUGCAGGGGGAAAAAAUCAUAAAUUGUCCUGACAGUCAUUCUGCAAAUCAUCAACAGCCUUUACGUCCUGUUUCAAAUUCAGUAUUCCUGCCAUAUUCAUGUUUAAUUUAUGCAACCUAAUUUCCAGUUGGUAAAGUCACAUAUUUUUCAAAGCCCUGGUUUUGUUUUAAAUGAAGGUUGAUAAUUGAACUGAUUAUUCCACAGCAAAUGUCUCUGCUGGUGAAGCAUUUGGAUUGUUUGAUGGGACGUUGAGGCCUUUUUGUCUGUUGAAUGAUGUCCCACCUGGCUGUCAACAGUAACAAUAAACAAUAGUGUUUUGAUGUGUGUAUUAAA